CCUCGCACAUGGGCUACCGGCGCAUGGGCAUAGUCGACGAGCCCGUGUAUAUCAUGGCCUAUGUUGCGCCAGCUUCGACGCGGUCGCUCACCUCGCCCAUUUCUCGACAAUGCUCGGUGCGCUUCUCGUACUCGCCUUCUUGCCGACGUUCAGCUGGGCCCAUUGGUCAAGCGGGCCGUGGCGCACCAAUGCGACGUACGUGAACGACAACUCCUCCGUCGCGGCGGACCCGUAUGUACGUUGGGAUGCGAACACCGCCGCAUACUGGGCAUAUAGCACCGAGGGCGCGGACGACGGGUGGUACUACGGCAUCUACACUUCACCUGACUUGAGUACCUGGAGCAAGAUCCCCGGUGGCGCGAUCAAGAACGACUCGGCUAACGUAUGGGCUCAGGACUGGUUCUGGGCCCCAGAGUGCUACUUCAAUGAGAAGACGGGGUGGUAUUUCCUGUUCCACGCCGGUCGAUAUACCGAACCAAAGCUAGUGGCUGAAAACUUCAAAUACCCAGACUUCGAGGAGGCUAGCAAAAUCGGUGUAGCCGUAUCACGCUCGCCUGCUGGGCCCUUUGUCGAAAUCGCGGACAAGCCAAUCGAUUACUACCCAUUCGACCCGGAAUACCAUGACAUUAACCUCCUCAUGUCUCCCCCGUACCUCGUCCCGCCAGCCUCGCUCGACAUCGGUGACACCGCGCCGCUAGGCACUUAUAUCCCCUCGAUCGACCCCAAUGUCUUCUGGGACGACGACGGCUCGAUCUGGCUCUUCUUCUCUCGAAACGCGUACCGGAAUUGGGUGUGGAGUGACGAGUUCGACAGGUACAUCGAAGAGAGCAACAUCUACGCUGUACGGCUGGAUGAUAAGUGGUGGCAUGACCCCCACGCGCGUACGUUGCCCGCGGUACACGAGAGCUUCAGGGAUGUGCAUAAGGGCCAGCCAGAGGGAUGGGUGGACUCCGUGAACUCGAGCUAUCCGGGGCCGACGAGGAAGGAUGGUUCUGUGCCCGUCAUCUCGUACAAGUUGCAACCGCAGGCUUGGGAAAAUGCGCACGUCAACGACCACGUAGCGAGCAAUGGUACACUCAAGAAUCGUCGCUGGUCUGAAGGCUCUACGACCAUCAAGCGUUACGACAGCUUUGGUCAGCCAGUCUACUUCUUGACAUACAGCGCGAACAACUACGAAUCACCGGACUACGGCGUGGGCUACGCGUACGCGCACUCCGUGGCAGGACCGUACUACAAGAGCGGCUCGAAUCCCAUCCUCUCGCAGGAUGCAUCUCGUGGCGUCUACUCGACGGGGCACGGUUCUAUCCUCGCGUCGUCCACCAAUCCUGCCGAGCUCUACUACCCCCACCACGCGCGGCCCGACCCCUCCGCGGAUCGAUACCUCUACACCGCUCGGUUUUCCGUCGAUCCUGACUCGCUCUACGUCGGGUUCGGCGCGGACGAAGGCGACCUCCGUUUGCCGAGCGGCGUCGCCCCGUUCUCCAUCAGCGCCUCGCCCCUCGCCGACGCGGGCAACGGGACGGUCAGCUGGAACGUCAGCGUGACUGCAGCAAGCGGGGCCGCGUUCGAUCUGACGAGCCCGCAGAAUCGCGUCUGGGCCGAGGUCGCGAAUGGGAGCGUGGCAAGCGUCGACGGCUCGGUGGUGACUGUCGCGAGGGCGGCGAGCGGGUCGAGCGUCAAGUUGGUGUACCAGCGCGCGCGGUCGAAUGCGACUCAGCCUUGGGCAAAUGUCGUGCAGUUUCAGGGGCUGGGGCAGGACGAGGUGACCGUAGAGACUGAGGUUUCGGUCUAAUACCCACGGGCGUGUUGGUGAACAAUGGUGUGAUAACUCUCGCCUCGGUGCUAGACAACCCUCGAGGCCGGCGAAGGAUUUCGCAAGACUACUUGCUCCUCGUAGCCAACUUUACGCAGGUUCAGGUA